CUUUCAGUCCAUGCUGCUCCUGGAAGUGGCCAAUGGAUGCAACUGAUUCUUUUUUUUAUUCCAGCUUUAAAGCCGAGUGUUUUUUUCUUUUCUUAUCUGUCUGUAGUCUGUUUUCAUUCUAGACUGUAGUCGCCACUGUGAGCUGUCCGGUGGCUCGUACAAUCUCCCAGCUGGACAGAGAUGAGCAGUCCCGAUGCGGGUUACGCCAGCGACGAUCAGACCCAGGCAAGGUGUACGAUGUCAGUCAUGAUGCCGGGAAUGGGACACUGCCAGUGGGCCGACCCUCUCAGUCCUCUUGGGGAAACCAAAGUGAAGAGCGAGCCGUGCGCAUCGAGCUCCGGCAGUCAGAAUCGUGGAAAGAGUGAACCGCGGAUCCGACGGCCGAUGAACGCGUUUAUGGUCUGGGCGAAGGAUGAGCGCAAGAGACUAGCGCAGCAAAACCCCGACCUGCAUAAUGCCGAGCUUAGCAAAAUGUUGGGGAAAUCAUGGAAGGCCCUUCCCGUCACAGAAAAGCAACCCUUUGUGGAGGAGGCAGAGCGGCUGCGGGUUCAGCACAUGCAGGAUCACCCCAACUACAAGUACAGGCCCCGGCGGCGGAAGCAGGUGAAGAGGAUUAAGAGGCUGGACUCUGGCUUUCUGGUCCAUAGCGUGACCGAUCACCAGGCUGCGGUGAUGUCCGCAGACGGAAGAGUGUGUGUGGAGAGUCUGGGCCUGGGCUACCAUGAGCACGGCUUUCAGCUUCCCCCACAGCCACUCAGUCACUACCGGGAUGCUCAGGCCCUUGGGGGCCCCUCUUAUGAAAACUACAGCCUCCCCACACCUGACACGUCUCCUCUGGACGCUGUAGAGUCAGACUCCAUGUUCUUCCCUCCACAUUCGCAAGACGAUUGCCACAUGAUACCUGCAUACGCAUACCACUCCCAGGCGGCAGAGUACCAACCCCAGGACCCCCACUGCAACCAUCACGCCAACGCCAUCCUGCAGCGACAUGCUGCCUCGGCUCCAGAGCAGCCCCCUCAGCCUGCCACUUUCCCCCCUUCCUACAUGGGAUGCCCAAAUCCUUUGGCCAUGUAUUACACCCAGCACUGCAGUCCCAGCAACUCUAAACGGCAUCCUGGAGGGGCAGGACAGCUCUCCCCUCCUCCUGACUCUCACCCACACUCUGCAGACAGCGUGGAGCAGAUGCACCACUCUGAGCUGCUGGCCGAGGUGGACCGCAGCGAGUUUGAGCAGUAUUUGAGUUCCUCUUCAGUGCGUGUGGACAUGACAGGCUUGCCCUAUGGGCCACACGAGGCUGGCAUGCAAGGACCAGAAAGCCUCAUAUCAUCGGUGCUGUCCGACGCCAGCACAGCUGUGUAUUACUGUAGCUAUAACAACUCCUAACCUCGCACCUGGCAUGUUACCCUGCUGCAAGGACACAUGAUCUGACCUCAAAUCUCUGUAGCAAAUUUUUUGAAACAUUUUCUUUUUAAAUUUUAUAAAUCUUUUUUCACUACUGCAGAGAAGGCCCAUGAGAUUAUAAAAUGCAGUUUUGAAGAGGACAUUGUACUGUAUCUGUGUAAGAACAAUUAUAAAGCCAUAGAAUAUUUUAACAUGAACAUUGGUUUUAGUUUCCUCUCCUGAAGGGAUAUGAAUUCAUUUUGUGAUAAUAAUUAUUGUAUAGUCGCUAUUUUAAAGUGUAUGUAUAUAAUGACGGUGUUUUUAUACUUUUUGCACUUUUGAGAAAUAAAUUUUUUGCAAAAGA